CCUUUUUACACAACUGCGUCGUUUUUCUGUGGGCGUGGAUCCGCCUAAAUAACGGUGCGGGCCACACUUCAGGGUUUUCAGACAGAGAUACUGCAAGAAGGAAAAACAGCGUCAUGCAAGAAGGGUAAAAGAGGCUUUCUCGGGUUGACUUAUUGAUCAGUAGUGAUCGGGCAAAUCCGAUUCAUCUGCAGUCUUUCCUGUAGUCCAUGCGCGAAUAAAACGCUCGACAUUAAGUCACAGCGUAUGUUGGAUUUGAGUUGCAAAUCGCUGCGCGCAAUUGCUUUGUAAAAAUUUGCGUACAAACCAACAGACCACAAUGUCGCACGUUGAUUCAGGGCCGAAAAAUGACUCUGACACGGAAAAGAAGACAGAACCAGCCCAGGACACUUCAUCGGGAGACAUGGACGUCCCUAAAACUAAACUACUUGAUGCCAAGGCAAUCUUAUGGACAUUUGGCAAAUGUCUCACUGCGUUUUUGCCCGUUUACCUGGCUGGUUACUAUCGGGUGAGCACUAGUUUAGUGGUGUUUGGGAUGAUGGUUUACGCAGGAUGGAAACACACUCGCGAGGCGAAGGAGGCGAGGCUGAAGUCUGCUGUACAGUUAGUCAACGACGAACAAGAAUACAUAUCCUCCAAAUCAUUUAGAAGUAGAAGAGACCUGCCUUCUUGGGUCAAUUUUCCAGAUGUGGAGAAGGUUGAAUGGCUAAACAAGGUUAUCCAGCAGGCCUGGCCAUAUAUCGGUCAGUAUUUGGAGAAGCUGCUGACGGAAACCAUUGCUCCAUCCAUCCGCGGCUCCAGCUCUCAUCUGCAGACGCUCAGCUUCACGAAGGUCGACUUUGGUGGCAAGCCGAUGAAGGUGGUUGGAGUGAAGGCCCAUGCAGAAAAUGAGAAAGGUCAAAUUCUGCUUGACGUUUACAUCAGUUAUGUGGGGGAUGUUGAAAUAAACGUGGAGGUGAAGAGGUAUUUCUGCAAGGCUGGUGUGAAGGGAAUACAGCUUCAUGGAAUGAUGCGUGUGAUUUUGGAGCCGCUGAUCGGUGACGUCCCAAUCGUGGGCGCUGUGACCAUGUUCUUCAUUCAGAGACCUAAACUGACCAUUAACUGGACCGGUUUGACCAACCUGCUGGACAUCCCAGGACUCAAUGUGAUGUCAGAUACUAUGAUCAUGGACACGAUUGCUUCGUUCCUGGUUCUGCCCAAUCGUCUCACUGUUCCUCUAGUGGCAAACCUACAUGUGGCACAGCUGCGGUGCCCUUUACCAAGGGGAGUUGUGCGCAUUCACCUGGUGGAGGCUGAUGACCUGGCUUCGAAGGAUAACACUGUGAUGGCGGGUAUGUCUGACCCGUAUGCCCUGCUCAGAGUCGGCCCGCAAACCUUCAAAUCCCGCCAUCUGGACAACACGCUCAGUCCCAAAUGGGAUGAAAUGUAUGAGGUCAUCGUUCAUGAGGUGCCUGGUCAGGAGCUAGAGGUGGAAGUGUUUGAUAAAGAUCCCGAUCAUGAUGAUUUCCUGGGCAGAACAAAAUUAGACUUGGGGAUUGUGAAGAAAUCUAAAAUAGUGGAUGAGUGGUUCACGUUGAAGGACACCCCUACAGGACGGGUUCAUCUCAGACUGGAGUGGCUGAAGCUAGAAACGGACACAGAACGACUGGAAGAGGUUCUGAAGAGAAAUGAAAGUGUGGUGAGUAAAACAGCAAAGCCGCCCUCAUCAGCCAUCUUAGCGGUGUAUCUGGACAAGGCUGAGGCACUUCCUAUGAAGAAAGGCAAUAAGGAUCCCAAUCCGAUCGUUCAAAUCGCAGUGCAAGAUGUUACUCGUGACAGUCGGAUUUGCUGGAAUACAGUGAACCCCCAGUGGGAGGAUGCUUUCACUUUCUUCAUCAGAGAUCCUAGCAAACAGGACAUUAACAUACAGGUGAAGGAUAAUGACCGUGUUCAGGUUUUGGGAAGUCUGUCCAUUCCUGUUUCCCGUCUUCUCUCUUGUCAAGAUCUGAAUUUGGAUGAGUGGUUCAAUCUGGAGAAUUCUGGUCCAGAGAGCCGCAUCCACAUCAACACAGUGCUCAGGGUGCUCUGGUUGGAUGAAGCCGCUGCAGCUGCCUCUCUCCUCUCCAGUGACCCUCUUUCAAAGAGUUCUGCCUCACGUCCACAAAAGACGACGCCCCAUUCCAGCUUCGCAACUGAGGGGAUGCUGCGUAUCCACCUCGUGGAGGGUCAAAACCUGGUUGCGAAAGACAAUCUGAUGGGUGGGAUGGUGAAGGGCAAGAGUGACCCGUAUGUCAAGAUCCAAGUCGGAGGUGAAACCUUUAAAAGUCAAGUGAUCAAGGAGAACCUCAACCCCGUCUGGAACGAGAUGUAUGAGGUGGUUUUGACGCAGCUUCCUGGUCAGGAGUUGACCUUGGAAGUUUUUGAUAGGGACAUGGACAUGAAAGAUGACUUUAUGGGAAGGCUGAAGAUGAAUCUGAGUGAUAUAAUUGACUCCGAAUACAUCAAUGAGUGGUUUACUCUGAGCGAUGUUAAGCGUGGCCGUGUUCAUGUCGCUCUGGAGUGGCUGCCCACUGUAACACAACCAGAGAAACUACAGCAGGUGUUGGAGUACCAGUCAAAGAGCUCGUACCUGAAUAAGAAAGUACCGACUGCUGCUCUCCUGUUUGUGUAUUUGGAGCGCGCACAUGAACUUCCUUUGAAGAAGAGUGGAAAGGAGCCUAAAGUUGGUGCUGAGCUGAUUUUGAGAGGAGCGUCUCAUAAAACCACGGUCUCUGACCGCACCAGCUGUCCCCAAUGGGACGAGGCAUUUCACUUCCUGGUUCGAGAUCCAUUGAAUGAAGACCUUGUUGUGAAGUUGUCCCACAACUGGGACUUCUCUCUGGGAUCUGUGGUGAUUCCCAUCAAAGAGCUUCUCUCUGAACCAGAUCUGAUGCUGGAUCAGUGGCUCGAUCUGGAUGGAGCAUCACCCCAGAGUCAGAUUCUGCUCAGAGCUCAGCUGAAGAUUCUUUGCCCUAAAGAGACGGAGAGCUCUGAAGACCACGAGGAGCCGAAACAUCCGAAAGCGUCCAGCUUUAGAAGAAAACCGGAGGAGGAAUUAGUGCAGAAGUCUAGUAUUGAGGAGGUCCCACCAUCUCCUGUCAGCAGGACUUCCUCUGUGUCAGUCCCAGAAGAGGAGGAAGUCCCUGAGGUCACGGAGGUCCCAGAAGUUUCCAAUUCAGAUGACCUUCGACCCUUGCACACCAGCCCUGACCCCAGCUUUGGUGCCGAGGGCGUGCUCCGCCUCCACCUGCUGGAAGCUGAAGAUCUGGUAGCGAAGGACAAGAUGAUGGGAGGAAUGGUGAAGGGGAAGAGCGACCCGUAUGUCAAAAUUCAUAUUGGAGAUAAAAUCUUUAAGAGUCAUGUGAUCAAGGAGAACCUCAACCCCACCUGGAAUGAGAUGUAUGAGCUGGUUCUGACCUCCAGGUCGACCUCUGAUGUCCUUGUGGAGGUUUUCGACAAGGAUAUGGACAAAGACGACUUUUUUAGGGAGGUGAAGAUCAGCUUACAGGAGAUCAUUCAGUCUCAGCUGACUGAUGAAUGGUUUUCUCUGAAUGACAUCAAACACGGCCGGGUUCACAUGAUUCUGGAGUGGCUGCCCACAGUCACACAACCUGACAGACUACAAAAGGCUCUGCAGUUACAGUCAGAGCAUUCGUACCAGAACAAAUCUGUGCCGUCAGCAGCUCUGUUCUUCAUUCUCUUGGAGAGAGCUCACGACCUGCCGCUGAAGAAGAGCGGAAAGGAGCCCAGAGCUGCUGCAGAGCUGGUGUUGGGUGACGUUUCCUACAAAACCAAGGUGUGUGAGCGCUCCACGUCUCCUGAGUGGAGUGAAGCUUUUGACUUCCUGCUUCAUAACCCUACAGAGGAGAUUCUUAUUAUAAAGCUUUCAAGUGCCUUUGAGCAACCCUUAGGCUCAGUGGUUCUACCAAUCAGAGAGCUGCUUUCAAAACCAGAUCUACUGAUGGACCAGUGGUUGAGUCUGGAUGGAGCAGGUCCUGACAGUCAGAUUCUGCUGAGGGCACAACUUAAGAUUUUGGACUCAAGUUUGGAUACAAGUGUCCUUCAUCGUAAAAAGCCUGUUGUUGAAGAAGAGCAUUCAGUGGGUGAACAACACAAAGAAAAAGCUCCAGUCACUGUUGAACUGUCACAAGCUGCAGUCAGUAAAGAGUCUGAGAAGAAAACGCUGCCAACAAAAGGGGUCAGUGAACUGGCAGCCUCUACUUUACUACUUCCUGAAGAACAUCAGAAACAAACAGACAACCGUGAUAUAGAUGUCCAUCUCAUGCCAUCUGUACCCAAAACACAGCCUGCUGCUGAGGAUCUCAGCAAAGUUCCUGAUUCCACUCCCAGUGAGGGUGGAUACAUGGAACCAGUCAAAACAUUUGGAUCAGCCCAUGAAGAGCAAAAACCAGAAGAGCAGUCUCACAAGAAGGUUUCCCCCAGUGCUCCUGCAGAGGAGACAAAAGUCAGUAGUUCUACAGACGUUCGACCCCAAAAGACCCGCCAUGACCCCAGCUUUGGCACCAAGGGGGUGCUGCGUAUCCAUCUUUUGGAAGCUCAGGAUCUGGUAGCGAAGGACAACAUGAUGGGAGGGAUGAUGAAGGGAAAGAGUGACCCGUAUGUCAAGAUCCAUAUCGGAGACACAACCUUUAAGAGUCAUGUGAUCAAGGAGAACCUCAACCCCACCUGGAACGAGAUGUAUGAGCUGGUUCUGACCUCCAGGUCGACCUCUGAUGUCCUUGUGGAGGUUUUCGACAAGGAUAUGGACAAAGACGACUUUUUAGGGAGGGUGAAGAUCAGCUUACAGGAGAUCAUUCAGUCUCAGCUGACUGAUGAAUGGUUUUCUCUGAAUGACGUCAAACACGGCCGGGUUCACAUGAUUCUGGAGUGGCUGCCCACAGUCACACAACCUGACAGACUACAAAAGGCUCUGCAGUUACAGUCAGAGCAUUCGUACCAGAACAAAUCUGUGCCGUCAGCAGCUCUGUUCUUCAUUCUCUUGGAGAGAGCUCACGACCUGCCGCUGAAGAAGAGCGGAAAGGAGCCCAGAGCUGCUGCAGAGCUGGUGUUGGGUGAGAUUUCCUACAAAACCAAGGUGUGUGAGCGCUCCACGUCUCCUGAGUGGAGUGAAGCUUUUGACUUCCUGCUUCAUAACCCUACAGAGGAGAUUCUUAUUAUAAAGCUUUCAAGUGCCUUUGAGCAACCCUUAGGCUCAGUGGUUCUACCAAUCAGAGAGCUGCUUUCAAAACCAGAUCUACUGAUGGACCAGUGGUUGAGUCUGGAUGGAGCAGGUCCUGACAGUCAGAUUCUGCUGAGGGCACAAUAUCAGAUUUUGGACUCAAGUUUGGAUGCAAGUGUCCUUCAUCGUAAAAAGCCUGUUGUUGAAGAAGAGCAUUCAGUGGGUGAACAACACAAAGAAAAAGCUCCAGUCACUGUUGAACUCUCACAAGCUGCAGUCAGUAAAGAGUCUGAGAAGAAAACGCUGCCAACAAAAGGGGUCAGUGAACUGGCAGCCUCUACUUUACUACUUCCUGAAGAACAUCAGAAACAAACAGACAACCGUGAUAUAGAUGUCCAUCUCACACCAUCUGUACCCAAAACACAGCCUGCCACUGAGGAUCUCAGCAAAGUUCCUGAUUCCACUCCCAGUGAGGGUGGAUACAUGGAACCAGUCAAAACAUUUGGAUCAGCCCAUGAAGAGCAAAAACCAGAAGAGCAGUCUCACAAGAAGGUUUCCCCCAGUGCUCCUGCAGAGGAGUCAAAAGUCAGUAGUUCUAUAGACGUUCGACCCCAAAAGACCCGCCAUGACCCCAGCUUUGGCACCAAGGGGGUGCUGCGUAUCCAUCUUUUGGAAGCUCAGGAUCUGGUAGCAAAGGACAACAUGAUGGGAGGGAUGAUGAAGGGAAAGAGUGACCCGUAUGUCAAGAUCCAUAUCGGAGACACAACCUUUAAGAGUCAUGUGAUCAAGGAGAACCUCAACCCCACCUGGAACGAGAUGUAUGAGAUGAUUCUGAGUCCUGAUCAUAAUCUAGACGUGAAGUUUGAGCUCUAUGAUAAGGAUUUUGAGUCUGAUGAUUUCCUUGGAAGGUUCAAGCUCAAACUCGGACAUAUCAUCAGUUCCCAGUACAAUGAUGAAUGGUUUACUCUGAAAGAUAUAAAACACGGUCGAGUCCAUCUGGUCCUGGAAUGGCUUCCCACCUCAACUCAGCGGGAUAGAUUGGAUCAAGUAAUGCAUAUGCAAAGCUCUCAGACCUACCAGAACAAGUCUGUGCCUUCAGCAGCAUUGUUGUUUAUUCACUUAGAAAGAGCUCAUGAUCUGCCUUUGAAGAAAAGUGGAAAGGAACCCAAAGCUGCUGCUGAACUUAUACUUGGAGGAACAACCUAUAAAACCAAGGUGUGUGAUCGCUCAUCUUCUCCUUACUGGAAUGAAGCAUUUGACUUUCUGGUUCAUGACCCCAAAAAAGACAUACUUAUCAUUAAGCUCUCAAGUGCCUGGGACCAACCCAUGGGCUCUUUGGUUCUACCAAUCAGAGAGCUGCUUUCAAAACCAGAUCUACUGAUGGACCAGUGGCUCAAUCUGGAUGGAGCUUCACCAAAGAGCCAGGUCCUACUCAGAGCACAGCUGAAGAUCUUGGAUUCAAAAAUGGCUGCCUUAGUGGCCAUGGGUUCAGGUCCUGUGUUGAGUAAUAAGCAGACAGCCAAAACUGGUCAGAUCAAACUCUCCCUUUCCUUCCAGAAGAAGCUGACUGUGACCAUCCAUGCAUGCAGGGGUCUGGUUACAUCAUCUAAGGACAGCUUAGACACCUACGUCUCCCUCAUUUUGCUGCCGGAUAAAAGCAAGGCCACGAAAAGAAAGACGACUGUGAAGAAGAAGAAUCUGAACCCUGAGUUCAAUGAAAGGUUUGAGUUUGAUAUGAGUGUGGAGGACGCUCAGAGACGAGAGCUCAGCGUUAGUGUGAAGAACGCGUCCUCGUCCUUCAUGACUCGAGACAAAGACGUGAUUGGCCAGGUGCAGAUAGAGCUGGGACAUGUUGACUUAGUCUCUGGGGUCACAGAAUGGUUUGAUCUGAAAGAAGAGUAGAACUAGCAGCCAACGUUAAACCUCUUCCUGAAGUUCAUCAGGUUAACGUUGCUGUCAUGUAUCGCUGCAAAUGCUCCCCUUCAACUUUUAUUUUUAACUUCACAAACACAUAUAUUUCUUUCCUCCAUCUAUUGAUCAACAGAUGAUUUUUGAGUGACUGGAUUAUAUGAUAUGAUUGAUUUUAGUGAUUUGAACAUAUUACUGCAUUGACAAAUCAAGUGUAGAGUAAUACAUCAGAACUGAUAUAUAAAUUGGUGAUAUCUGUAUAAAUCAGUAUCAGACGACUGAAUGUUAACCGUAUGUAUUUUCAGAGAUGCUGAGCAUGUUUCUGGAAAGAUGUGAUUUAAUGUGCGACACCACAAUCAUUGUGUUGCAUUUGGAUAAAUAGCUGCUGUUUACACAUCCAUGUGGCUUGUGCAGCUUCUGUAGUCCAUUGUGAUGCCAAAUAUCUAGAAACUCAAUUGUCUGGCCAAAAAUAUGACUUUAACGCUUGCAUGUUAUAUUGUGUUCAAUUUUAAAAAGUUAUUUUGUGGUAAUUUUUAUUCGCAGUCAUUUAUGUUUACAUUUAUGACAGUCUAUACAUAGGGUUCCCAUACUUGUGAAAACCUUGAAACAACAGGGAAUUUAAAUUGAUUUCCAAGCCUCAUCAUAAAAUGUUAAACCCCCAGACAUUUCUAAUGUAAGUGUAAAUUUCUGGUUAUGCUUGGACAUUGAGGUUCAGACUCAUAUGCACUGAAUCAAAUGCAUUGAGCUGUAUUCAGAGCUCAGGCUCUAUUUUUUUCUGUUUGGAGACUUUUGUACUCCAUGUAUGAUUGUUUAAAUCACUUCAUUCCAAGGAUUGGUACCAGAGUUACAAAUGAAACUCCAGUAAUAUCUAAAAUGAUUUGAAUGAUACUUAACCACUAAUAGUUGGAUAUCAUGAUAAUGGAAAUUCAUUAGUUAAAAGGGUGGGAACCCUGUACAAGAGCUAGUACAAAAGCAAAUGCUUUUACUGAGCUUUGUUCACGUUUUCAUGAUUUUUCAUGUUUAUAAUAUACUUAAUCUAUAACUACCAUUCAGAAGUUUGGGGUCACCAAGAUUUUUUAAAAUUAAUAAUUUUAUUCAGCAAAGACCAAUUAAAUUGAUCAAAGGUGACAUGUAAAGACAUUUAUUAUGUAACAAAAUAUUUCUAUUUCAAAAUAUUUCUAUAAUCUAUUUCUAUAAACGGUUUACUGUAUUUUUGAUUAAAUAUAUGCAACACUGGCAAGAAUAAAACUUAAAAUCAGACAAAAAAAUCAGUCCCCAAAUUUUUGAAUGGUGGUAUACAGUAUUUUUUUGUUAUGGUUUGGUUUACUAAUUUGAGUUCAUAUUUUGCUGUAGUCCAUUUGUUUUUUAUCACUGUCUGCAUGUUACUUUUACUUUCACAAGUUUUAUAUUCUACAUUAUAACAUGCUGUAAUGUGUCAAGAUUUAUGUGCAAAUUGGUAAAUACCAAAGAACCAAACCAUGCUAAAGAUGACCUCGUUCAGCUGAACUGCACUAUUCAUACUGCCACACAUUUCUGGAUGUAUUAUCUCAUACUCACAGCUGUCAAUAAAACAGUUAUAGCAUCAAAA